AUGUCUUUCUUCCUCUCUUUCUUAAUUGAUAUUAUCAUGGAUUUCUUUCUUUCUUCCUUUAUUAGUAUUAUCAGGAAUUUCUUUCUUUAUUUCUCAACAUUAUCAGCAAGGUCUUUCUUCCUCAAUAUUAUCAGGAUUUUUUCUUUCUUUCUUAAUAUUAUCAGCAAUUUCCUUGUUUCUUUCUCAAUACUAUCAUCAAUUUCUUUCUUUCUUAAUAUUAUCAGGAAUUACUUCCUUCCUUUCUUAACCAAUGUCUUUCUUUCUUUCUCACUAUUAUCAAAAUUUCUUUCUUUCUUAAUAUUAUCAGGACAUUCUUUCUUAUUAUUAUCAGGAAUUUCUUUCUUUCUUUAUAUAAACAAGUAUGUCUUUCUUUCUCAAAAUUAUCAAGAUUUUUUCCUUCACAAUAUUAUCAGGAAUUACUUGCUUCCGUUCUUUAAUAUUAUCAGAUUUCCCGAAUAUUUCCUUUUCUUUAAUUUUCUGAAUUAUUUUCUUCUUAGCUUUUUUUCUUACUAUUAUCAUGAAUUUCUUUCUUUGUUUCUUUUAUUUUUUCAUGAAUUUCUUUUUCUUUUUCUUUAUAUCUUUCUUUCAUUGUUUCCAUAUUUCGUUGUUUCUGAUAAUUAUCAUGAAUUCUUUACUUUCUCUUUUAUUAUUACCAAUAAUUUAUAUAUUUCUUUCUUUUUGUUUCUUACGAUUAUCACGAAUUCCUUUCUCUUUACAAUUAUUAUCACGAAUUUCUCUCUUGCUUUCAUCAUAUCAAAUAUUUCUUUCUGUCUUUCUCAAUAUGCCAUGAUUUUCUUUCUUUCUUUCUUUCUUUCUUUCUUUCUUUCUUUCUUUCUUUCUUUCUUUCUUUCACUGUGCCAUGAAUUUCUUUCUUUUUCUUUCUUUCUUUCUUUCUUUCUUACUAUGCCAUGA